CAAAGAAUUUAUCCCCAUGUCAACCUUGCUUUAUACGGCCAUAGGAAAGUCUGCGUCUUUUUUGGAACUUGUGACUGGUGUUUGGAGGUACUCCUGUAAUCCUUGUGGCCAAAAUAUUUUUGUCUCUGAGACUUUACCUGGACUUGUGGAGCUACUAAUCUCCUUAAGACUGGCAUCCUGGACUUCUCUCAAAUCAAGAUGACCUUCUGUAACAGGAGUUUAAGACGGAUAGUACCUGAGAAUCUUCUGGAAAAGAGUAAAUCAAUCCCACCCAAACUUUCUCGAGUGAAUGGCUGGUCUCUGCCCCUCAACUCUUUCCAGUUUGUUGCUUGGACAGCCUAUGUGUACAUGACUAUCGUAGCAUUUGGAUUGUUCAUUCCUUUGCUGCCAUAUUUUUGGAAGAAACUCACCUACAUUGUGCUUGGCAUGUUAUUUGUGUUUCACUUGGUUGUUCAUAUUAUUGCUGUCACAAUGGACCCAGCCGAUCCAAAUGUACGGAACAAAGAAAGCUAUGGCGAGCUCAUGCCUGCCUUGGACAGGAGCAAACACAAGCAUGUGAUUCAGAACCAGUUUUGCCACUUGUGUGAAGUCAUAGUGGGGAUGAAAGCCAAGCACUGCAGUGUCUGCAAUAAGUGUAUCGCUGACUUUGACCACCAUUGCAAAUGGCUCAACAACUGUGUGGGAAGUAGGAAUUACUGGUAUUUCUUCACUUGCAUGGCCUCUGCUGUCCUUGGUAUCGUCCUCCUUAUUACUUUACUACUAUACAUCUUCAUCCAGUACUUUGUGAAACCAGAGGAACUCCGCACAGACCUCCAGUUUGAAAACUGUCCUCAAAACAUAUGGCUGGCGUUCCUCCCUUGGUUUCCAGUGCAGACAUCUCCCGUUGUGCUCCUGACCAUAGCUGUGGUCACUUUGCUGCUGAGCGUUGUGAGCCUCUUGUUCCUCGGACACUUACUAGGGUUCCACCUCUACCUAAUAUUCUGGCAACUGAGCACCUUUGAUUAUAUGACCCAGGGACAUCAAAAGCAAAGCACAAAUCCCCAAAUCAAGAUUUCUUCACCACUAAACUCCUCCGUUUCUGUGACUGAGAGUGAGAUACCAUCUGGAAAGAAAAGGAGAUUUAUAAUUCAAGAUCCAUGUACAAGGAGUUCAUCAAGGCAAAGAAGUAUUUUUAUUGCUACAUCACCUUUGCGACAUCCAAGAAUAUGUCCAAGAGUCAAUGAAAAUCUGUCUCAAAUGUGCUUCUCUCUAAUGACAGCAGCAAAUACUGAUAAAUGCAGUAAUCACUCCCUGAAGAAAAAACAAGAAAAGAGUGAAGAUGCAAUAGAAAAAAAUGAACAGAAUACUUCCUCCUCUGCAGAGUCUCUUAAUUUGGAGCCCUUCUCAGUCAUAGACAUCCCACCUCAGUCUCCAAACUUAGAUAGUCUACUGGUUCUACAUAGCCUUGGUUCAACUCCAGAGGACACCACACCUGAAAAAGUCUUUAAAGAUGUUCAAAAUCAGAAGAAUAUUUCUACCUCUUGUGAGGUUAAUAUGAGCCCAUCUUCUUCUAAAGAAAAGAAUUAAGUCAUAGAGAAUAUAGCCCUUUCAGAAUCUGGCUCAAUGACACAGUUCGAUUUGGCUUUCCAGGAAGUCUCUGUCAAGCCAGGCAGCAGUGAGCUCAUCCUAUUGUGGGAGAGGUAUAACUGGGGUCUGCUUCUUUCUUAAAGCAUGCACAGUGUAUUUUCACCAGGUGGAGACUUUGUCAGAUGGAACAAUGACCCACCAUUAACCCUAUGUACCUGGCUUAAAAUGACCUUGGGAAAAACCAGCUUCUGGAGGGACAUGGAUACCCCAAGCUGUCAAGUCAUGAACAAUCCAGAAUGUCUGAAGAUAACAUAGCACAUUUGUAACAGGUCUAAUAUCAGGGAUUUGAGAAGAAUUUUUUAAAAGUCCAUCUCAAAACAUUGAAGUCAAAUCAGCUAUAGAGAUGUGAAAUGUUUCAACUAGUUUCACCUUUUCUCCCCAUCUGGAAUGGAAAAAAAAAAUUUAUAUAUGGAAUGAAAAACCAGCGUAGUUUGGGGAAAACAGUCAGAGGAAUAUGGUCCUCUUGGAUCAUUCCUUUUUUCACCUUUACCCAAUUUUUAAAAUUUAUAUAUUUUUUUUA